AUGGUCGAGGAGACUACUGCAGAGCUGCUUAAGCGGCGUCAGGAGUUAACCGAUGCCCUGGCAGACGCACCCUAUGACCUGAUCUUAUACUUGGAAAGGGCCAUCGUUCACUUUGAUCUCGUAUACCCCGAUCUUGCUGCUGGAGAUGCCUAUCGUGCUCUCUUACUUACCGAUGAAAUCCGGGAUGAAAACUUCGAAUAUCAUGAGGAGGCGCUCAAGGCCUGUCAGGCAUACACUAUUAAUCCUUGCCCUGGAGUCUUGGACCACAGCUCCCUUAUCCAGGACCUUGGACCAGUCACCAAUGAUGGUGGCGAGCAAGCUUAUAACUGGUUGGCGAAACUUGCAUCAGUACGGUGUUUCCAGAUCCUUUCAUCAAGUUUGUUGCGCUGUGGCUGCCUGCAGAGUGCGAUGAAGUUUUGUGAACGGGGUUUGGGAGUUGUUCCUCACAACAAGGAGCUCCUCCAAAUCAAGAACGAUAUCGAACAGGCGGCCAGGAAGAGGUUGAAGCUCCAGCCGGGCGACCUUGUUGAGGUAAACAAUCUUCCAGACCGUGGUAUUGCACGUCGGGAGGUCUACCCAUGGAACACCUACGAGCCAGACCGCUUCUCUGAACAUUCUCUCUCUUUUCUCAAUCAAGAGCUUGCCAAAUUUGCCCCCAAAUGCGAGGUUCGCGUCUCUGAGCUUCCUGUCUUGCUCAACGGAGGGAGCGGUGCCGCAGCGAACGGUACCGAAGCUAUUUUGACCUGCAAGCAACUUGGUAUCUUUGCCAAAGAGGAUAUCGCUCCCGGAGAGAUAGUUCUCGAUGAGUACUCGGUCUUGACGGCCAACAACCGGCACAAGGAGUCUACCUGUGACUCUUGCGGUACUGAGCUCCCGCCACUCGCUGAAAAUUCUAAAGCUGUCAGCUGCCCGGAAUGCUACGACACGAUCUUUUGUGACGACUUUUGUUACGAACAAGCCCAAACCCAAUAUCAUCCUGCCGUCUGCGACAAGGACGUUGACUCGAUCGCUAAAGAUCCCGAUCCUCAAGACAUCGACCAGUCCCUUUACCUCCUUCUGUUGGCCCGACUCCUGGCCAUGGCUGAGCACCAAGGCCUCCACCCCCUCGAGGUUAGCUCUGUGAAAUAUAUCUGGGGUGACUUUGUCUCGCCUGCGCAAAACAGUUCCUCAAAUCCAUCGCAGGCAAUCUACCCUCCUUCACAAUGGACCCUGCCCUUUUCCUUCCGCUACAAUAUCGCCACGCCACUCCACAUUCUCGAAAAGAUGGACAUUAACAUCUACACGACCCUCUCCCGACACGAUAUCUGGGUCUUCAACACCGCCUACGCCAAGUUCCGAGGUACUGCCUCGGCGCGCAAGAAUCCGCGCGACGGCCGUCCCGACGUGGCUGCUGUGCAUCCCUUCUGGUGCCUGGCAAACCACGACUGUGAUCCCAACGUAACCUGGGAAUGGGGAGGCCGCAUGGUGCUGUGGGCACGGAAGACGAGGGUUGUGGGAGGGAAGGAGGGCGGCAUCAAGAAGGGAGAGGAGGUGUUGAAUCAUUACUGUGACGUGGACUUGCCGGUGCAGCAAAGACGGGAGUGGGCUUCUGGCAGCUUGGGUGGGUGGUGUAUGUGUCGGAGGUGUAGGGAAGAGGCUGCUGAACAAGCAACAAAGAAGGCUGAGUCAGAGAAGAAAUAG